AUGACUUUUUGGCUUUCUGCGCUCGACACGCUCCUCUACACGCUGACCGAUAACGCUAUCAACGUAUAUAACUGGACUGUCAGUUUUCUAAACGUGCUGAAUCCGAAAAAUGUCAACAGUGUGAUUGGCCGCGCUACCGCUGUCGGGUGUUUGCGAGGACCAUCGGUGAACAUAUCUAUGUGGGCCGAAGCGUGGCGUCUAGCCGCUGCUCCUAAUCUUAGACUCCUCCCACAACAUGAACAGCUCGCGCAGGCGAGCUUGUGGGACGAUGGAUUCGAUGCAGACAUCCUGGGCGAUUCCCCUAUUGCCCCACUUGUCACCCCAGCACCUGAAGGCGGCUACCAUGAAGCUCUGCUGAGGGAAUCCUUUGGACUACCACCUCUCAACGCAACCAUCGGAGGAGGAGUUUUCCAUCGUCUCGUCGCACCCCCGCCUGCUGUCGCACUGGAGGAGGCAACUACUUCUGCUGUCCCAACUUCACAGACGUUUGCACUACAGAAGGUUGGUGUUGCCCCCAGGGUACUUCGGCCUGCCCUGGGCUGCCCAAUGGUAAGCAUGAGACGCCCUGUCUUGUCACAAGCUAAGCGUGUAAAGUUUGCAGACUCCCUGAGACCCAAACGUGCUGUGGCACAGGCGUUUGCGUUCGAGGAGCAACCGUCAACUAGUAUCCGUGGAAUGUCCUCACCCUACUCAAGGUUCUACUUGCUGCCCUACUUCACGAAUCUGUACUGCGAAGAUUAUUUUUUCUCAUUCUCACCUGUAUCCAGGACGAAUAGCUCUACGAUAACUACACCUACACAAACUUCAAGUGUUAGUCAGGAUUUACCAACUUCUAACUCCUCUAUACCCAUAGAAACCUCCUCUUCUGUUCCUGAUGACCCCCCUCCCGAUCCUUCUACGUCUAUAACGAUUUCAUCUUCCGUUCCUGAUGACCCCACUCCCACUGACGAUCCAAAUCCUACCGAUGACCCCACUCCCACUGAUGACCCCGCUCCUACUGAUGACCCCAUUCCCACUGAUGAUCCCGCUCCCUCUGACGAGCCCACUGUAUCACUUCCUAUGGACACAGACACGUCUGCUGACGUUACCAUCGAUGCUGUUACACAGUCUAUUGUAGACCCUCCCUCCUCAGAUCCGCCAUCGAACACCGUCCUCCCGUUCGUGGCCACCGUAAGCGAAGAGCCCAGCAGUACUGUUAUCGUCGAGACCUCGGUCUCAAACGGAGUCACGCGUACCGUCUCUCGUACAGUUGCCACGAGUCAUAGCACUGCGACGAAUGCCAAUCUCCAACUAGACGGGAGUGACGCUGUUGCAAUGGAACCUGCCAUAAUGGAACCAAAGUUACCACUCAGGCUGGUGCUACCAUCCAGUUCUCAUUUGAAGAUAGCUGUGCUCUCCUGCAAUGGUUCCAAAUCUGGUUCCUUCUCGGUACAAGUCGACGGAAACCCUGCCUCCACUCUUAAUGGCUACCAGGCCCCUGGGCCUGACGGAGAUCAGUGUAUCAUCUCCGAACCAUACAAGAGUGAUGUGAUGGCCGACGCUGCGCACGCUAUCACUGUCAUUGUAAAGGGUUCUACUGCUGGUGGAAGCUCGGACGCGACCCAAUUUGAAUUUGGCGGAUUUGUUUAUCGGGGUAUUCAUGCAACUGGUACGAAAACAGAUUCCGGCAAGAAUCUUCCUGCUAUUAUUGGCGGUACCAUUGGUGGCGUUCUUGGAGGGAUCGCGAUCAUUGUUAUUAUCGUUAUUGUCGUUAUACGUCGCAGGCGUAAUAGGCGAAUCGAUAAUGCACCCGCAGCCCAUCAACAGCCAGCCCCAACUCCAGCCUUUACAAACCCAACGUAUGUUUCUGUCCCAACAACCGAAUAUCAUGACCCUUACGCAAGCUCGGGGUAUGGGCCUCAACACUACCCUAACCCGACCGGUUCCAGUUAUACUGGCGGCCCACCACCAUGGACGCAAACCAGUCAAGGGCCCUUCGGUUCUGGCUCCUUUACCCCUGCACAAGGCAGAGCUUACUGA